AGAACCGGCCGAACCCAGACCAGACACGAUUGCCUGAGCGCUCAGGAGUCAGGGCAAGUAAACAAGUUCGGCCCACUCUGAUGUCAAGUUCAAGCUUCCCUCGAUUCUCUGCUAGCUAAUCGAUUAUCUUUGAGAAGCUCGUAUGGCUGAUAAUUCUGCUUGCAACCCACAGCUCCUUCUUUCUCAUAAAUUUCCCGAGACAACAUAUGCUUAUACUGAGAGAGAUGUAGCUCUCUAUGCCUUGGGUGUUGGAGCAUGUGGUCGGGACGCUGUUGAUACCGAUGAACUUAAAUAUCUUUACCAUGAAAACGGACAGCAGUUUAUCAAGGUUUUGCCAACAUUUUCUACUUUAUUUUCUGUUAAAUCUAUGGUGCAAGAUAUGGAUCUGCCUGGCUUGAGAUUUGAUCCACGUCUUCUGUUGCAUGGACAACAAUACAUAGAAGUAUACAAGCCACUUCCUUCCAAUGCCACUAUACAAAAUAAAGUAAGUCUGGUAGGAUUUCAUGAUAAAGGUAAAGCAGCAGUACUUGAAAUUGAAAUCAGAAGUUAUGAGAAAGAGUCUGGUGAACUAUUAUGCAUGAAUAGGACAAGUGCCUUUUUGAGGGGUGCUGGUGGCUACUCAGAUCCAUCUCAUCGCUUUACAUACUUGAACUAUCCAGCCAACCAGGCUUCAGCUAUGAGAACCCCAGAAAGUCAGCCUUUUGCAGUUUUUGAGGAUUGUACCCAACCAUCUCAGGCAUUGUUGUAUAGGUUAUCCGGUGACAAUAAUCCUCUUCAUUCAGAUCCAAUGGUUGCAAAAGUCGCAGGAUACUCGCGGCCAAUUUUGCAUGGAUUGUGCACCCUUGGGUUUGCAGUUCGGGCUAUCAUCAAAUGUAUUUGCAGGGGAGAUCCAGACAUGAUCAAAAACAUCUUCGGACGAUUCCUUUUACAUGUGUAUCCUGGUGAAACAUUGGUCACUGAAAUGUGGCUCGAAGGCUUGAGGGUCAUAUAUAGAGUAAAGGCGAAACAAAGAAAUCGUGCUGUGUUGUCAGGCUAUGUUCACCUCCAUCGUUUAGCAGCUUCACUAUAAAUGAACUAGAUUCCUCAAAUAAAUAUUCUUAAGCCCUUAGUUCGGACACCUCUACUUUCUUAGUUUAUUUGGAGGGAAAAUUACCGUAUCUUCUCCAAACUUUAUAAAUAGGUAAGCUGCAGAAUGGGAAAUCGGAUAAUCACAUUCUGAAACUUUGAGCAUGAGAUCAUAAAACUGUUGCUAAUUCAAACCAGUUUGUGUUUGAUUGGUAAUGUUUCUAGAUAUUUAAUUGUUAUGAGGGCUUC